CCUCCUAAAGCCGGUGGCGCACGCGCGGUGUCCCCGGGCCAAGAUGGCGGCGCGGUGCUCCACACGCUGGUUGCUGGUGGCCGUGGGGACCCCUCGGCCCCCGGCUGCGGCAGGGAGAGGGGCCCGUCCGCCCAGGGGGGUCGUGGUGGGGGCGUCUCUGGGCCGCAAGCUGAGCGUUACCGCCUUCGCGCCUUCACUGGGAGCUCGCGGCCCUGGGGCGCUACUGACAUUGAGACCCGGUGUCAGCCGCACAGGAGUACAAAGUUACCCUUUUGUUUCUACUGCCUCUUUCCACACAAGCACCCCUUUGGCCAAAGAGGAUUAUUACCAGAUAUUAGGAGUGCCCCGAAAUGCCAGCCAGAAAGAGAUCAAGAAAGCCUAUUACCAGCUUGCCAAGAAAUAUCACCCAGACACAAAUAAGGAUGAUCCCAGAGCCAAGGAGAAGUUCUCCCAGCUGGCAGAAGCCUAUGAGGUGCUGAGUGAUGAAGUGAAGAGGAAGCAGUAUGACACCUAUGGCUCUGCCGGUUUUGAUCCUGGGGCUGGUGGCUCUGGGCAGAGCUACUGGAAAGGAGGCCCCACUGUUGACCCAGAGGAGCUCUUCAGGAAGAUCUUUGGGGAAUUCUCGUCAUCUUCUUUUGGAGAUUUCCAGAGUGUAUUCAGUCAGCCUCAGGAGUACAUCAUGGAUUUGACAUUCAAUCAAGCUGCCAAGGGUGUCAACAAGGAGUUCACAGUGAACAUCACUGACACCUGUGAGCGCUGUGACGGCAAAGGGAAUGAGCCUGGCACCAAGGUGCAGCACUGCCACUACUGCGGCGGCUCCGGCAUGGAAACUAUAAAUACAGGCCCUUUUGUGAUGCGUUCCACGUGUCGGAGAUGCAGCGGUCGAGGCACCAUCAUCACAGCUCCUUGUGUGGUGUGCAGAGGAACAGGACAAGCCAAGCAGAAGAAGAAAGUGGUUAUCCCUGUGCCAGCAGGAAUUGAGGAUGGACAGACUGUGAGGAUGCCUGUAGGAAAAAGAGAAAUUUUCAUCACGUUCAGGGUACAGAAAAGCCCUGUCUUCCGGAGGGAUGGCGCAGACAUCCACUCUGACCUCUUUAUUUCUGUAGCUCAGGCUAUUCUUGGGGGGACAGCCAGAGCCCAGGGCCUGUAUGAGACAAUCAAUGUGACGAUCCCCCCUGGGAUCCAGACAGACCAGAAGAUUCGGAUGAGUGGGAAAGGCAUUCCCCGGAUUAACAGUUAUGGCUAUGGAGAUCACUACAUUCACGUCAAGAUAAGAAUUCCAAAGAGACUGACAAGUCGGCAACACAGCCUGAUGCUGAGCUACGCUGAGGAUGAGACUGAUGUGGAGGGGACAGUGAAUGGUGUCACCAGUACAAGCACUGGUGGCAGCACCAUGGAUAGCUCCACAGGAGGCAAGGCUAGGCCUGAGGCUGGGGAGGACAAGGAGGGAUUCCUUUCCAAACUUAAGAAAAUGUUUACCUCCUGAUACCCAGGUGAGGAAAACGGUCCACUGGAAACUAGGCUGGGAGCCGCAGCCCUUCCUCGUGGCCAAGGCACCUUGGAGACCGGGGGAUUCCAGAACAGCAGUAUGGAGCCCUGCCUGCAGAGGCCCUCUGGACCACCUUGGCAACAGCAAAAUCAUGUGACAACACACCUUUCCACAGAAUGGUCAUGGUGGACAGCUCUUGGGCAGUAAGGCGUGGCACGCCUAAGGGCUGGUAGGUUUCUUGUCUGUGGGUAGGUAACUUGGCCUCUUCUGGCUCAGAGUAAGACAUCUGGACACUUCUCAAAUUAGAGCCAAAACUUUAAUUUGGAAUGAACUGUGGUGGAAAUCUUAAUAAAGAAUUAAAGGCCAUGCUUACAGCUUAAAAAUGAAGCCUGAAACUGCACCAAGUUGUGAAGUGAUUAAUUUCCCUGUCAUUAAACCUCUGGGAGGUUCUGGAAUGAGUCUCUUCUGACAUGUUGUCUUUUCCAGGAACUUGGGGCCCAUAAGCCCCACCGGCAUCACCCACCCCUCAGUAGAGGCAUCCCUUGCUUUUCUUGGAGUUUAAUUCCCAAGGGUACCCAGCAGCUGAAACAUGGGGGCUGUGAUCUUUUGUCAGUUCUCCCUCCCCCCCCACCCAGGUGGCCUCUUGUCUGUGGCUGUGGAGCUCUGGUGUUUGAAGCCAGGCCUGAGUGGGACUCUGCCUGUCUGCUGGACCACGGGCCUCCUUAUCCUAGAGCCUUACCCCCACUGCCAGCCACAGCUUGGUUUUCACCACUAACUACACUGUCGACACCUAUUUCCAGAAAUGUGUUUAAAUUAUUUAAUGCAAAGAAUCAUCGUCUUUUCCUGUGUAAAUGUUUGUUCAGAAAGGAAAACAUAGUCUAAGCAGUUGAAGGCUCUCCACCAUCUGGCCAGAGCAAAACAGUUGCCCCAACCGCAGCUUCUAGGAUGUGUAGAUUCUGUGUGUUUCCAGACCCUCCCAUUAGUAAGAGGCUAAUGGAGAACAUUUCUGAAUAGUUUUCUUUUUGUUUUCCUUCAUAAUUUACUAAAAUAAAGCAUCUAUUAGUGUCUGAUCUACGAAUGUAAAAUGAUUCUGUAUCCAUGUAAAAGAUUAUCUACUGCAAAGAGAUAUUUAAAACCUACAUUGUGGUUAUGUCUUCUUUGAAAGAGUUUAAGCAGCUUUCUACACAUGGCUUAGCAGGGGCUUAUAUGGUGUUCACGUGCAGGUCAGGCUGCCCCUCGUUUCUUCUGGCCUCCCUGGAGCUGGCUGCAGAGGUGGCUGGUCUCAUCCGGAGUCAUGGCUGCCUGAGUGCAUACUCACACAAGGGCUGUGCCUCUUGAACCCAAAUCCCAGAGAAGGGAGCUUCCCAUGCAACAACAAGCUGAUUUGAAUGAAUGUACUAGAAUUUUGUGGGUAGCUUCUUUUUUUGGAGCCUGUGCCACAAGAGAUGUGCAGUGUGGCCUCCUAUAUCACUGUUUCCCUUGCUAGAUUUAUUUUUUCCCUUGAUUGUUGUCAAAGGAAUAUUAAUACAUUUUUUGUGCUAAAAUUUUUGCUCAUUGUACUUUGACUAGUCUGGGCUCCUUGCAGAGGCUGUCUCACAAAAGCUUCAAUGCUGGCACUACUGGAAUGGACCCCAAGCAUAUCUCUCAGACCCACCCCCAGGUUCUGAGCUGAGCAGCUUGAGGUGUGAGAGUACACUUGCUGGGUUGGGUGAAGAGGAUGGGAAAGACCUGAUGGGCAAGAAAGGGGUCAGUGGUGACCUUCUGCCAGUUGCAGAUACUUGUCCUUCAUUCAGAAAAUUUUUAUUGAGUGCCUGCUGUGGACUCUCAGCAUGGGCCCCUUCACAUGCCUAGACACAGGCACAGCAACAGGAAGCUAGGCAGGCGCCCCAUGACAGCUUAGUUUUCCUCUGGAGAAGUCGGCUCCCAUGCAUGUCAUAUCUUUUGAAAGCAGAAGUCUAGAGGAACACUUUGAGAUAGAAAGGUGGAUUUUCUGGCUAGCAAUAUCAUUAUUGCUGUACCGAGGGUCCUUUCUGCAGAUGCAGGAAGAUGGCAGUGCAAAUCUAGCGCCCAGUCUCACUCAGGGCUUGGAGUGGGCUUAUUCCCACAGCUGGCUUCUGAGGCAUUUGUCACCAGAUAACUUGCAGCUUGAGUUGGGGCUGGAGUGGGAGAUGAGAUACUUAAAAAAUACAGAAAAGUAUCUCUAGGCCCCAAGCCUUUGGGGAUUGAGAGGAGGGGGACGGUAGAUGGGUGUUGAGCAUUUACUGAAAUGCCUAGGGGGUGAAUAAGGGAAGGCACGGUCACAUAGGGAUGAGAUAGACUUGGGGACUGGACUUUGUUUCCAUUCCCACCUGCAGGCUUCUGUUCUGAUUUGUUUUCCCACCUGAGCCAUCCUCUUCCUCCUCUUUGGGCCUUUGGAUUCUUGUGGACUUGAAUGCAACAUUCCUUCCCUGUCAUGAAAACCCCCCUCAAUGUACAAGAAUUUUUUUAGUCCCACAAGCCUCUCUACUGCUCCUAUGUUCAGGGACUGUCCCUGUCAUUUACUCUGUUCUGUAACAGUGGAGCCCAACACUGAAAACUAAAUUGUAUGAGCUUCCCUGGCUUUUGCAGAAGGCAUGUAGCAUUCUUGUUAAUAAACACUGUGAAACCUGACUUUA